GGGAAUGAGGAGGAGGACAAGGAGGUGGCAGCAGUGGUGACAGCCACAAUGUCCCUGGGGUGCCACCCCGAUGAAGAGGAGGAGGUGGCAGUGGCCAUGACAUCCCCGGGUGGGCUGUGUGGGGGGGGUGAGGGUGUGGUGGCAGCAGUGACAACAGGAGCAGCCACAACGUCCCAGGGGUGUCAUCCAAGUGCAGAAGAGGAGGUGACCACAGCGGUGACGUUCCUGGGGUGUCCCCCCACUGGGGAUGAGGAGGAGGAGGUGACAGCAGAGGUGACAGCGGCGGUGACGUCCCCGGRCUGUMAACCCGGUGAKGAGGAGGAGAUGACCACARCAGUWACGUCSCCACAGUGUCCCCCUSYUGGGGAUGAAGWGGAGGUGACAGCAWYGGUGACAUCCCCAGCAUGUSACCCCAGUGAGGAGGAUGMRGAGGAGGAGGAGRUGACAGCAAUGGUGACAUCCCCAGGGUGUCACCCCGGUGAGGAGGAGGAGGAGGUGACGGCGGCAGUAACGGCAGCAGCGGCCACAUCGGCCCCAGGCGGGCGACGUGGCGCGGAUGAGGACGUGGCGGCCGCGGGCUGGCGAGCGCGGCGCAAACACGUGUUYGUGCUCAGCGAGGCCGGGAAGCCGAUCUACUCCCGGCACGGCAACGAGGAGGCGCUGGCAGCCACCAUGGGGGUCAUGAUGGCCCUCGUGUCCUUCAUCCAGAGCGGCGGCAACGCCAUCCGCGCCAUCUGCUCCGAGGACCGCACGCUGGUGUUCGAGCAGCGGGGCCCGCUGCUGCUGGUGUCGGUGUCCCGCACGCGGCAGUCGGCGGCGCAGCUGCGGCGGGAGCUGGCGUUCGUGCACGAGCAGAUCCUGUCGCUGCUGACCCGCGGGGGCAUCGCCCGCGUCUUCGCGCGGCGCCGCGGCUUCGACCUGCGCCGGCUGCUGGCGGGUGCCGAGGCCGUGCUGGACCGGCUGCUCUGCGGGGCGGCGGCGGACGGGCGGCUGCUGCUGGGGGCCGCCCGCUGCCUGCCCCUGGGCGGGCGGCUGUGCGCCAGCGACCUCCACCUGCUGCUCAACCUGCUGGGCGGCGGGGCGGGGGCGGGCGCGGGCGAGGUGUGGACCCCGGUGUGCCUGCCCCGCUUCAACCCCGACGGCUACUUCUACGCCUACGCGGCGCGGCUGGGCGAGGAGGAUGAGGAGGGUGUGACGCUGAUCCUGCUGUCCACGGAGCGCGAAGGCUUCUACGCGGCGGCCGCGUGCCGGCGGCAGCUGGAGGACACGCUGCGGGCGCAGGGCUGGCUGGCCGAGCUGGGGGCGGCCGUGCGCGGGGGAGCGGGCUAYGGCCCCUCCCGGCCCGGUGCCCCCGAGCUCCGGCACUUCCUCUACAAGCCUUUGGAGGGGCCGGAGGAGAUGCAGCAGCUGCCGCAGUUCACCAGCCCCGAGCUGGAGGAGCCCUACACCAGCGAGGAGGAGCAGCACCGGCUCUUCGACCUGUACCACUACCUGCACAGCCGUGUGCACAGCCCGCACCGGCCCCUGCGCCUGCUCUACCAUGUGGCUGAGAAGGAAACGCUCCUGGCCUGGGUGACCAGCAAGUUCGAGCUGUACAGCUGCUUCAGCCCGCUGGUGACGAAGGCGGGCGCCAUCGCGGUGCUGACCAAGCUGCUGCGCUGGCUCAAGAAGGAGGAGGACUGGCUGUUCAUCCGCUACCCGGCGCCGUUCUGUGCCGCACCCGCGCGCCCCGAGGGGCCCGAGCCUGAGGGCUGACAAUAAAUGCUGAGACCCCGGGGAGAGUCCUGAGUCUGGGGGGACUGGGGGUGA